AUGAGCGGGCUGGAAAAGUCUCUGUUUCAGCUCAAAUUCACGGCCAAAUCGCUGCAGCGUCAAGCGAACAAAGCGAGCCGCGAUGAAGUCACAGAGAAGGCCAAGCUGAAAAAGGUUCGUCACCUUUCCUCUUACCUCCAGGCUUUAGCUCAGGGAAAUACCGAAGGUGCACGGAUCUACGCGGCCAAUUCUAUUCGCAAGAAAAACGAGUCUUUGAACUUGUUGCGGCUCAGCAGCCGUAUCGAUGCAGUGGCUAGUCGGGUGGAAACGGCCGUAUCAAUGCGUCAGUCGAUGGACUUGGAAAGAAUCUCCAUGGUCAUGGACAAGUUUGAGAACCAAUUGGAGGAUGUGGACGUGCAGACAUCAUAUAUGGAGACGACGAUGAACUCCACGACUGCGUCAGGCAUGCCGCAAGACCAAGUGGAUCUCCUCAUGCAGCAAGUGGCUGAUGAAAACGGCAUAGAAGUGCACCAGCAACUCGGCGAGGCAGGUUUGGCUGGCAAAGUCACGGAGCUGCCUGCGGAGAGUAUAGCACGACGCAACGCGCCCUCUGCCGAUCAAGAUGAAGCCUUGGCUCAGCGUCUCCGCGCUCUACGUCCCGCUACCUAG